AUGGAAGUUCAACAGGAUGAGCAAGCCAAAACUAGAGUGUACAAGCGAAAAACAAAGACAGAUGUUGAAGCAUUGCGAAGGGUUCACAAAUGCAUAGCAGCAAAUAAUCAAAUAGAAGAUGCCCAAGUUCAUGAACCACAGUGCAAACUUCAUGGUCAAAAGACAAUCCAGGUCGCAGAUUUUGGUCUUGUCCACGAUAUCGUAAUUUCUAGUGAAUUCACUUGGCCUCUCCACAGAGAAAGCCAUUCUGCUAGCUCCAAGGUAACUUGCUUGAAACCCGGAAACAACAAGCCUAAUUUAGUUCUCAAUUUCUUCAAACAAAUCGGUUUAGACAACACCCAGAUAAAAAUCUUGGUUUAUCCGGCACCCACAUUGUUGUUUGCUGAUGUGGGGAAAACCCUUGAACCCAAAGUUAGGGUUCUUCAAGAAUUUGGUUUAUCUGGGUUGGAUUUAGUUAGGGUUAUUUCAAAAAGUGGACCUUUUCUUAGAACAGGUCUCGAUACUAGAAUUAAACCUAGUCUUGAAUAUCUUAGGAAGUUAUUGGGUAAAGAUGAGACUGUAGCUAAAGUUCUUAAGAGAUCUCCUGCAUUGCUUCAUUAUCGUCUCGAUAGAGUAAUGGCAAGUAAUAUAUUGUUUUUUCUAAAUCAUGGUUGUUCCAGUUUGGACCUUGAAAAGCUUAUUCUUAGGAAUCCGAUAAUUUUUGUUCAAAAGCUUGAGUGGCUUGAGGAUAUAGUCCAAAGAGUGGAGAAGGAGUUUUGCAUUUGUAGGGAUUCACGAAUGUUUUAUUAUGGAGUGGAAAUGCUUUCCUCGCUUAGUAAGCCGAGUUUAGAAAUGAAACUUGGAAUUUUCAGGAGUUUUGGUUGGUCUGAUUCUGAUAUUAUUACAAUGGUGCAAAGGCUUCCUUUAUGUUUGACUACAUCUGAGGUUAAGCUCAGAAAUGUAUUGAAGUUUUUCAUGGAGGAGCUUGGGUAUGAAUCUAGUUACAUAGUGAGGCAUCCCACACUUAUAAUGUUCAGUUUGGAGAAGCGGGUCUUGCCCAGGAUUAAAAUCUGGGAACUUCUAAAGGAGAAACAGGUGAUAAAGAAAGUGCCAUGUUUUUAUACAGUUAUCAAGUGUUCUGAGCGGGAGUUUUUAGAAAAUUAUGUACUUCCCGUAAGGGACGAGAUCCCUGAGGUAUAUGAGUUAUACAUCAAAAGCAGAAACUAAGAUAGAGUGAGCUUAUUGUUUUCUCUCAUACAUAGAUUUCUUGGUUUACAAACAGUAUUCACUGAAUGUUUUCCAAGCUAACGGCGAGACCAUUACUGUUUUUAGUUUUAAUUGUAUUUCUGGCAGCUAUUGUGCCAACAUUUUACAUUCAUUUUUGAAACUGGUAAUUGAGGACAUUAUCUUUCCGAAA